AUGGGGAAAAAAUUCACGUACAACACCCGGAAUUCGCUGGUCGUCACCGACCCAACUACUACUCGGGCCCUCAGUAGCUUAACUAAGGCAGAGCGGACGGGAUGCCGUGCUUUCUACUGGGUAUGGUCGUACGUACUAGGGCGUGUCGGAAAUUGA